AUGAAAGCUGGUAAGUUUUUGUUUAUGUAAAUUUUAAAAAUACUAUUUAAAAGUGUUUUUGUCAUUAAUGUGUUUCUUAUUUGAAAAUACAAAGUUUGCAUUUAGAACCUUGUUCUUCGAGAUCUGCGAAUGAUAACAACUGUCUGAUGGGCUCAAUUAAUGAAAGUGUCAAUUCGACCAUUUGUGGUAUGUUUUUUUUUGUGAUUAUGAUAUUGGUGUUUAGAUGAAUCCAAACUUGGCAGACUUGUUUUGAGUAUUCCUGAGAACGGAUGUUCUAGACAGAAGGCCAGCUCUCCGUUCUUUUGCUUCGGCGGCUUUCCAUGGUUAGUUUUGAUUAUAAUAUAAAUUUGUUGGUUAUAUACUUUUUAUUAUGGUAAAGUAAUUUAUUUUAUAUAAAAGUUAAAUUUCGAUUUUAAAAUUUAAAUAAUUUAGGCGAUUAUCAGCGAAAACAGAGUGUUCAGAAAGGACGAGCCAUAUUGAGCAUUUCAGUGUGUAUGUGGACUGUAAUCCUGAAAGUCAGUCGACCUUGUGGUCUUGUGAUGCUGUCGUUGAAGUUCGGCUGAUUUCGAAAAGCCUUGGAACGGCUAAUUACACUAAAAGGGUAAAUUGCUGGUUUAAACAACGAUUUUAGGUAUUUUGCUAGUUUUUGAAGAUUAAAAAUGUACUUUAUGGGUUUAUUAUAUUAUUACUUCUGUAUAUAAUUGUGUGAUUUUUAGUUCACAAACAAGUUUGCGUUGAAUUCGAACAAUUGGGGGUUUCCGGCCUUUCUUGAAUGGGACACAGUGAAAGAUCCAAAAAAUGGAUUUAUUUCUGAUGGGAUGAUUGAGUUGGAAGCUCUUAUUGAAAUCAAGGGUUCUUCUGGGGUAAAGCAACGUGUUCAUGUUGACUUUACCUCUGCGAAUAAUUUGUCCAAUACGAUACUUGUUGUUGAAGGUCAAGAGCUGCACGUCAAUAGAGACGUAGGUUAUUUAUGUCAGUUUUGUCAGAAUUAUAUUAGACGUUUUUGUAAUUUCACUAGUGAAAAAUGUUUAUUAUACAUUGUUUGCUUGGUAGAUUGAAGUCAUUAAAGCAUUUUUGUUUAUCUAGAUGUAAUUUGUUUGGUGUUUAUCGUCUAGAUCACUAUCUAAAAGGGCGUCGAUGUUGCAUUUUGUGCGAUCAAAAUACAACUUGGUGAUUAAUUGUUUGAGUUUUGUGUUUUGAACUUUAUUUUUCAGUAUUUGUCACUAUAUUCGCCUGUGUUCGACUCCUUAUUCAACCACAACUUUGCGGAACGAUCUCAGGAAAGGAUUGAACUUCACGACCUGAAGUACAACGAAUUCAAGGAACUACUUCAAGUUUUGUACCCAGCACACGCCAAACUGAACAGUGAUAACGUUGACUUUGUUUUGGUUCUGGCCGACAGAUUUCAAAUUGAUUACGUGAUUCGGAAAUGCGAAAAGUUUUUGAUAAAAACCGACGAGUUUUCGAACGAACUCAAGUUGGUGUACGCUGAUCGGUACAACUUUCCUUCGCUUCAGGUAUGUCAUGUUUGACUAAUUAAACUUAUAUUUCAAUGUUUCGUUAUCUAAAACAUUUUUAUCACACGUUGUUUUGGCUUAGGGCAGUAAAAUGUCUAAAUUAUUACCUAAAAUUUGAUAAAAAGGGCAUUUUGAAACUUAAAAUGCGUAAACUUUGUUCUAAACCUUAUUUUUAAGUAAGUUCUUGUCUACAAUAAUAUUUUGUUUCAGCACCACUGCAUAGUCGAGAUCAAAUCGACGGAUCAGAUCAAGACUUUGAAGAAGUCCGAAGAGUACCGCUCUCUGAGUGAUAAGACCAAGGCCGCGUUGUUUGAGAAAACAGUUAAACUCUUGUGA